AUGUCUUUAAACACAACCACGUCCCUUCUUCUUCCAGAGUACCGCGGCCACUUUGUCGCCGAAGUCGUUGGCGCUAAUCCCACGGCCACUACUUUCGUCCUUGACUGUGACUGGGACAAAUACCCGUGGGACGGCGAUGAUGAUUGCCACGUUACCAAACGAACCUUUGUCGUCGGGCCAUGGGCUGACAAGACGCCAACACCUGGAUCUCCUACAAAAGGUGUCUACAAAGAGAUCUAUGUCGAGAAAGCGCUUGAAGAGGAAGUGGACGAUUGCUCUUUCUCUGCCGAGUGCCAAAUGAGCAAGACAUGGGCCGAGAUGUGUACCACAGCCAAUAUUGGCGGAAACGCCCGCUAUGGCCCUACAGCAACGUUUCCGCGUGCCACUGGCAUGGUGUUGGACGAGUUCUACGAUGUUUAUGGUUACGGAGCUUUCGACUGGAUUCCUGUGACGGUCACAGCUGGCCAGAAGUAUCUUUCGGCUGCCAAGACUGAUGUCGCUGCUUCUACUGAAGCAUACCAUACAAGCGACGCUCAACCUGCGAAAGAAACAAUAACAGGAGACGAACCUAUUAAGAAAGAUAUUGUUACUCUCGAAGGCAAGGCCUCACCCACAGAGGUUACUGCCAGUGGUGCUUGCGCAAAACGUGUUUUGAGUCUUUGGGGUCUGGUUGGAUUGGUUGCGGCUGUAAGUUUCUUGUAG